UUAAUUGAAAUAUCAAAAAGAAUACAAGUAAACCUAAACUCUAAAACCACUCGUCAGAAAAACACAAAGCCGCCCCCAACCCGCCUUUAGCCGUGCGUCCUUUGCCGUCACCGCUGCUGCUUAUCAUUAGUCGUCGCGCUGCUCAUCAUCAGUCGCGCUGGUGUCUCGCCUCUGCAGCUCUUCCAUUGCAGCCGCUGCUCUCUGGAGUCUGCUACCGUCUCUUCGCUGCUGUCCAUCCUCCAUCGCCGCUGCUUCUGUCUCCCAGGGUCACGGUGCAGGCGCUGAGUUACUUCAGUGAAAAAGAUGAGUUUGAUUUCUCAAAAUGUUGGCUCUAAAAACAGAGUUAAGUCUAAAGAGGAGGGGGCCGAGGAACCUGCAUUUAUGGAAGGAAAUAAAGAGAAUGAGGAUGGAAGGGAAACUGAGUUGGUUAUGUUGAGGGAAAAAAAGAGAAAGAAAGAAAAGGGAGAACAAUUGGAAGCUGAUGAAGGGAGGGAAAUGAAAAGGUUGGAGAACUUUUUGUUUGGAUCCCUAUAUUCCCCUAUUGAAUUUGGAAAGAAUAAGGAGGAAAAGGCUCAUGAUGAGGCUGGAGAUGGUUCUGCUUUGUUCUUUGUGGACCGUUCAGCAAAUAGUGUACAGUCUGUUUAUGAAGACGAUAUGGGAUUCACUGAGAGAAGUGAUGUCGAAGAGGAAAACAAACAGCGACAAGCUGCUUGGGUUGAUGAUGAUGAGGAAAACAACACAGUUAAUAUUGCUACGACUAAUAGAUUAAGGAAGCUGAGGAAGGAAGAGGAUGAGAGUUUGAUUUCUGGCCGGGAAUAUGUUGCAAGAUUAAGGGCUCAGCACGCAAAGCUUAAUCCACGGACUGAGUGGGCCCAACUUGAUUUUCAGUCAAAAGAUUAUCAAUAUGAAUCAUCAGAUGAGGAGAACAGCAUUGUGACAGCACGUGGUUAUGAGCAUGUUGAAGGUUUUGAUGACAUCCUUCGAACAAAUGAAGAUCUUGUAGUGAAGAGCAGAACCAAACUGUUGCCUGGGCUUCUUGAGUACUCAAGACUUGUGGAUGCAAAUGCUCAGGAUGCAUCCAAUGGUUCAAUAAAUUCUGUUCAGUUCCAUCGGAAUGCACAGUUGCUGCUUGCUGCUGGAUUGGAUCGAAGGCUUAGAUUUUUUCAGAUUGAUGGGAAACGUAAUACAAAAAUUCAGAGCAUCUUCAUUGAUGAUUGCCCUAUUCGCAAGGCAUCUUUCUUACCUGAUGGUUCACAAGUUAUUAUAUCUGGAAGAAGAAAGUUCUUUUACAGUUUUGAUUUAGUGAAAGCUAAAGUUGAUAAAAUAGGCCCACUGGUUGGCAGGGAGGAGAAGAGCUUGGAAGUUUUUGAGGUAUCCCCAGACUCUUGUACAAUUGCUUUUGUGGGAAAUGAAGGUUAUAUCCUACUGGUAUCAUCCAAAACAAAGGAACUCAUUGGAACCCUAAAGAUGAAUGGAACUGCUCGAGCUUUAGCUUUUGCUGAUGAUGGACAUCAAUUAUUAAGCCAUGGGGGUGAUGGGCAGGUGUACCACUGGGAUCUGAGAACAAGGAUGUGCAUCCAUAAGGCUGUUGAUGAAGGCUGCAUAAAUGGCACGGCUCUUUGCACUUCCCCUAAUGGAAGCUUCUUUGCUGCUGGUUCGGACAGUGGGAUUGUGAAUGUUUACAACAGAGAGGAGUUUUUAGGUGGGAAGAGAAAACCAAUAAAGGCAAUUGAGAAUUUGACCACUAAAGUGGAUUUUUUGAAAUUUAAUAAUGACGCUCAGAUAUUAGCCAUUUGUUCACACAUGAAGAAGAGCAGUUUAAAGUUGAUACAUGUCCCAUCAUUUACAACAUUCUCUAACUGGCCUCCAGCAAAUAGGAGUCUACAUUAUCCCCGCUGUUUGGAUUUCAGUCCUGGUGGAGGUUUCAUGGCUGUAGGAAAUGCUGCUGGGAAAGUAUUGCUAUACAAGUUGCAUCAUUACCAUCAUGCGUAGAUCAAAUACGUGUUGCUGGUGUGCUGAUUCUGGCACCUCAUAUUUCGGGUUCAUGUUUAUAACGGUACAGGUGAUUCAGAUAGACACUAUUCAUUUUUGCUUGAGGUGUUGAGUUGAUUGAGGUUCCAUGAGAGUUGUCAAGUGGAAAAUGCCUCAAAGCUGCAUCUCGUGAUCUGGGGACUAAGUAAGGUUAUCCGAGUUUUCAAUCUUUCUGUUUUGUCAACAAAGUUUUGUUUCCAUAUUUGGUGAUUGUAACAUCUUUAGGUUUUUCUGCCAUUAGGUUUAGCUGCGGAAGGGUUUUCUGCAUUUUUUUUAUUAAUGAUACAAAUACAAUGCUGCAAGUCAGGUUUUUGGAUAAGGUGUUGCUAUUUGAUGAAAAUCUAGUGCUUUCUACUAUGGUUGUCCUUGUUACCUUGGUUUAAGUUUACUGCUAUCUUGCCUCCCGGAUAUUGAGGGCUAGUAGGCAUCUUGAGUUUUGAAUAUGCUAUUUGGAGC